AUGUCUAAAAAGCUACCUAGAAGAAAACCCCCACCAUUGGAAACAGAUGCCGGAUCUACAGAAUCAAGCAACUUUGGCGGAACACUAUUUACUUUACCCCCAGAGCUGAGUCAAUUUGCACGGCCGAUACCUACACAACAUGUCGACUACUCAACAAACACUGUCGAUCUACUAAAUUUGUCUACUCCAACAGAACCACUGUACAACGACACAACUGAGAUUUCUUUUGAUGAAUCCUUCACUUCGGUUGACUCGCCUAAACCAAAGGGGCCGAAGGAAAUAUGGGAAUACGACCAAACUCAUUUCAACGCUAUUCCAAAGGACAUCUCAUCAAGACCCACACACGCUAAUAUACAAAUCAGUCGAAUUCUUCCUAAUCGAAGUUAUCAACAAAUGUCAAGAUCGCAAUCAAACCCAAACAUGGUUAAGAGCACGUCUGUAGAAUCAACUCCUCCUUAUCCGGUGCUGGUGCAUCAAGUGGAACCUCAUAACCCACCUUACCCCACAGGACCCAUUGAAGACUUUCUAGACGACGAUUUCGAUAGCGAAUUCGCUUUUGAUGUUGAUUCUCCUUCACAAAGAAGGACUCGAGCUAUUAUAGAGGAAACAGUUUUUACAACCUCACCGAAAAUGAAUGAUAUCCCCAACUUGAGCACAAGAAGCUCGCAAUCAACAAUCCCAAUCAAUCACAAUCAGAGACAGAGCAUAGACACUUCAUUCACCGAUCUGGCCGGGUCGUCGCCCACAUGUACGCCUAACCAUAGGACAUCCAUGUAUUCCUACUUUCCGGAAUCAAAUUCACAGAGUCGUUCGCCGUCGCCCAAGCGGUCUAUACAUAGCAACUACUUUGAUUCAAGCAAGCCUGUCCUUAUGGUAAAUGACCACGCAGAGGAAAAUGAAGCACAGGACUCGUUGUAUUCUAAACACCAUCCUGUAUCACCUUAUAGAGUGGUUUCUGAUAACCCGUUUUACGAUGAGCAAGAGUUUUAUAACUUUGAGUCACCAGCUACGGAUUAUUUUGAUUAUUCAUUCUUGCCUGAGUUACCGCCAAGUCGAGAUAUAAGUUCCACAAGCUCGCCACCACCACCACCACUACCGACAGGACCACCGCCACCGCUCCCCAAGAAAUUGCAAGAAUUACCACCACUCCCCUUGGAUCUCCCUCAACUCCCAUUUAGCUCUUCUGCAUUACAAGCACAGCAUUUUGAAACUUGCUCUAGUGUAUGGUCGCUAUCAAAUUUGUUCCAAUGGUGUUGCAAAUUACAAAUAUGGUUGAGCGAUCUGACGAUUUCAAAAUCGGAAUUGAUCAAAGCAAUCACAAGGUUAAUUGCAUUCCAUAGGAGCGACGUAUCUCUCGAUGUGGUGAUUCAUAACGCACAGACCGCCUUCAACUCAUUCUUGCAAGCUCAAGCAAUCAAGGUGAUGGAAUUGCAUAGACCCAAUGCCAAUGGAGACCGAAGUGUUGUCAUAUUCGACGAUAGUGCGUAUGUGAAUGGUGUUCUCCCCGAGCUACUGCAAUGUUUUACUACUAUUACACACACUAAGGAUGAAGGUAUGACUUGUUAUUCCACAAUAUGCCCUUUUAGCAGAAUGAUGAACCUCGAGCGUAAAAUGAGAUCUAUGAACAUUAAGGAUAUUGUCUUGGCAACAGAUUGGGCUGCUCAUUGGCGGUUGACUGUUGAUGAUUUGCGAGAUUUAGACACAAAUAUGAUCAAGCGGCAAUCAUUAAUCUUUGACUUGUUGAGGUACGAACAAACAUUUAUACAAAGAGCUAGAUGUUUUGUUGAUGUUGUCGGCCCGCUGUUUGUCAAAGCUGCAAAAGGUUUCUUAGGGCUGAAUAGCUCCAAAAUAAAAGUGUUUGAAGAUGAAGUUAUCAAAACAGGCGCUUCCAUUGUUGAUAUACAUCAGAGCCAGUUGUUUGAACCGUUAUUAAAGGUGCUAAUUUCCGAAGGUAAAUUUAUCAAAAACGUGAUUGAAAUUGUCAAUAUUUACACCGAUUGGGCCAAGCAGGUCCGCCCAUAUUUGGUGACGUAUAUGAACAACAUGCCAAUGAUUGAAGAGCUAUUGAGCAUUCCCAGCUUGAAAACAUAUGUUGACCAACGCAUUGGUCAGUUACCGAGGGUCAAAGAGUUGAGAGUCAAUGUGCCUAUUUUGUUUAUCAGCACAUUCAACUCGAGGUAUCAGCAGAUACCAUUACAGUUGUUGGACAUUCAGAAACGGUUUGAUCGACAUGAACCAGAGUACUUUUUGUUGCAGCAGGCGAGUGAUGAAAUUAAAAAGUUGGGAUCAAAGAUUAAUGACUCGAAAAAGCUUGCUGAUAAUGUGCAUGCACUUGAGCAAUUGAAAACGCAAUUGUAUUGGAAGUCGAGUCUCCGCCAACGGAACCUAAACUUGGGAUCAGUCAAUAGAAAACUCAUUUGUCGCGGUGAUCUCAGCAGACGCGGUGACUUGAAAAUCACAUCACAAAUCAAUCAUGUGAUCAUUUUGGACAAUGUCAUUCUCAUCACUGAGCGGUUAAAGACCCCCAAGCCGAACGGGAACCAGUACAAAAUUUGCGAGGACCCCAUACCAAUUGAUUUCCUCAUUUUUGAAGACCGUGUAAUGUCGACAUCAACAAUUAAACUCUCGUCAUCGCCAAUUACCAAGACAGAGGAAGAGGAUACAACGAAGUAUGGAGUUAAAUUGCGUUAUGCUGGUAGGCCGAGACACUCGUACUUGUUUAUUUGCAAAACAGAACGAGAGAAAGAUGAUUGGAUAGAUUACUUGACAACGGCGAGGGCUAAUAUGAACAAGCGACUUUCGAACACAAAGUUGUAUAGAGGUAAACCGAUAUCAACAACGUGUUUUGCAUAUGAGCUUAAUAACCGCAUUACGAAGUUGCCCGUCGUUGUACCAAACGACACCAUAUACAGUCUCUACAAGGAGUCAGUGGAAAAAGCGCAAACUUUGGGAAUUAGUGACAUUUACAGCCCACAGAUUUUAAGAAGUCGCAUUGUCCACAGUUCGAUUCAGUGCUGUGUCACUUUUGAGCUUAUGGAUUUGAAAUUCACCUUUGUGGGGCUACACUCGGGGCUAUAUUGUUGUGCAUCAAGGAGCCGAUGGAAAAAGCUCCUCCACGGAGAUUUCACCAAGGUACAUGUCGACACCAGCAUUGGGUUGGUGGUUAUACUUAGUGACAAGACUCUACGCUACUACUUUCUCCGUCAGUUGCUCGAUGUCUACACUGGAACGCGACUGGAAAUCGCUGGAAUCACCCUUUCAAAAGAGCCGGUUCUCUUUUUCUCAAUGAAAACGCACAAGAACGUGCCAAUGCUAUUUGUUGCCAAAAAGAAAUUAAACAUCACCUCGUUCAAGGUGCUUAUUCCCGAGACUGACAACAAUGGUGUUUUUUGCCGCUUCAAAGAUGAUCGCAAGUUUUAUAUUGAAGCAGAGUGUUUUGGCAUUUCCAUAUUCAACUCAUCAUUUGCAUUACACACAGACAAGGGGUUUGAAGUUAUGGAGUUGGACAAGUUGAUGCCACGCUCAGUUCCUGAUUUGCCUCGAGCUGAAACUGAGCGGAAAAAGUUGGAUCAGUUUUCUCGCAAGACGACCAGUUCCACCAUGCUUGAAACAAUUAAAAAGCUCGUUGUAUCGCCAGCCUCUAUACCAAUGGGUAUGUUUAAGUUGAAUAAUGGUACUGAAUUUCUUCUUGUUUACUCCGAAUUUGCCAUAUUCAUCGACAAGCAUGGGAAAUUGUCGAGGGAAAAGACUGCCCUCCUUUUCGAUUUCAAGGCACAAUCGAUUCAUUUUGUCGAUAACCAUUUGUUUUUGGUGAGAGAUGACAUUGUAGAGGUGUUGUCUAUAUCUGACUUUUCCAAAGGCUCGAAUGAUUUAGUACAGCUUAUAACUGGGAAAGGUAUUAAAUUGGUUUCAAGUGUCGAAGAGAGAAAUGUAACCUUGGCGAUGGCAAAUCCCCGGGUUUGUGGUUUGCAAUUGUUGUUUGAUUUAGUUAGUUAA